AUGGAAGGGUCGUCCAGCUGUUCCCCACCUGAGAGGCGAAAAAAAAAAGAGACAAGAAAAAGAAUCUGUAACCCGAUUUGAUCUAAUGGGAGAGAUCGGUGGGCCAUGGGCGGUUCCGUGGGUGACGACAGUUCAGCCACGACUGUCUCUAUCUAUCAUUGGCAAAUGCAUCCUGAAUCCCGGACCCGAAUCGGGCCCUGAGGGAAAGUUUCUUUUCGAUCGUGACAAGUCAGUCUGUCCACCUCAUCUGGAGCUCAGCCGGGCGCUUGCAUUCCCUUACCACCAUCGCUCCCCUCUUCAAUCCUAUUAUCUUCUAUGCAGUCCAUCUUUUUAUCUUAUCCAUUGUUUAUUUACUGCCUCAUACCAAGGGAUAAAAUACCCCAAUCAGAAUGACGUCAAUCGAACAGCAAUGAACCCCAAAUUUCAUUUCCUGAAUGCCUCUACUCCAGGGGAGGCUGGAGCAAGGGACAUCGCUAGUCCCUCAAGAGGAAAUGGAUUUCCAUUGAUCAGAUCAAACUAUUCCCAGUUAAUCCAACCGGGUCCACCCAGGAUAGUCCCACGAUCCUCUUGUCCCCUCCUAUCAGCAUGGUCCUCCUAUCAGCAUGGUCCUCCUCCAGCCACCGUCUGAAUUUGUUUGCGUCCUGGAUGAUUUCCAAAUAACUACCCUUUCUCUCCCGAUCCCUACGGAAGGAUAGUGGAUGUCGCCACAAUUGUCUUGUCCUGUUCAUGGGACAGUGGUAUUUGCAGCCCGUGUCUCCACCACGGCGGCACCGAUCGUCUGAAUGCAGAUCUUGGACACGACGACGAUCGGCAUCUCCGUGAGGAUAGGAUGGAGGUAAUAGGCAGAUGAAAUCAUUUCUGAUGGAGUUUCGUCCGGGAAUGUUCUCCGUUUAUCAUUAUUUACUUACAGGAUCGACCUGAGCCACAGCUGACGAUAACACCGCAAGAAAGUGCUUUAUCCACAUCUAUGUGUGCGGAAAGUAUACCCUAGAAUCAACCAUCCCCCCUGUAUCCUCCCAAAGAACAACCAAUUCCACCCAUGGAUAACUAACAA